UAUAAAAACAAAACGCCAAAAAUGUUGUCAUUUCUCUCUUUGACAAUUAUUUUCGUUUUGAUCGGAUUUUCAAAAGCUCAAUCUGACACAGUUUCAACAACUUCUGUGGCAUCUAAAACAGAAUUAACUAACGGAUCUACUGAGGCUAACUCAACAGAGUCAUCUGUAUCCUCAGAAUCAACAGAGGAAACAGGUUCGACACAAUGUAAUGUUGGGGUUAUUUGAAAUGUGCAUAUUGUGAUUGCUCAGAUGAAUGCGGAAUAAAUUACUAUUUUGAAGCCGAAUGUAUAAAACA